ACGAGGCGCAUAGCAGUACUUACAAUUAGAGUGGAAGGAACCGCGCGUCAAAGAGACGAUAAUUCACGGCGUUUUAUUACCUAUAGUUUCAUCGUAAUUUUCGUUAUAUUCUUUUACGUUCGCGAUCGCUAUCGUCGAUUAAAAUCCGAAAAAUGAAGACACCCGUCGCUCUUGCGAUCCUCGCUUUUUGCGGAAUACUCCAGUCGGUUUCAGGUUACGGUAUGCUGAACACCCUGCGGAUGGGUAUAGCCCGUCAAAAGUCUACGGUGCAGAGCACGAAAAAUCGUCUGGAACGAGAGAGCCGUCAAUUCGACUCGAAAAUGAGCCGGCAGUUGAGCGACGCUAAAAUACAUUCAAUGCAAGAGAUAAACGCCCUCGUCAAUCCGGCGUUGAAGAGCGUAGAGGACUCCACCAAGAGAUCGACGGCGGAAGGAAAGGACGCGACGCACUGCUACGACGCGGCGAAGGCAAAACUCCGAGAAUCCUCGAUGAAAUCGUGGAACGAUCUGGACGGCUGUCGCGACGCCGUUCUGAGUUCCGUCAGCGAUACUCAGAAUAAUUUCGACGCCGCGAUCACGUCGGGUCAGCAGGUUCUCUCGUAUUACGAUUCGAUAAUGACCUCCUGCUUCGCGACGAGCGUCCAACAAAUGGAGUCCUGCGUGGUCGGUAAAUUACCGGAAGGGGCGCAACUGGUUCAGGCAUUCCAGUCGACGGCGAACGACGUGAUAAAUAAUUCGGCAUCGGUAUCGAGCACAGCGCAGGUAAACGCUAUCAAUUGCAACGGGGGACCGGUGGCGAACGUCCGCGACGACGUGAGCAGCGCGAAAUUUGAGGCGAAUCAGUGCGUCGCCGCGCUCUGAUUCGCUCGAACGACCGUCGAGAUAUUCGGCCGCCAUCUUGGACGACGCCGAUGCCUCGCCCCGAGUAUUCGUAGCUAGGUUAGGUUAGGUUAAGUUUAUUUUUGUACGAUAUCGGAAUAAAAUUUUUUUUUUUCUUCGGAAAA